GCAUUUUUAUCAUUUAUAUAAGAAAUUAUGAAGGAUUUACGUUUAUAUAUAUCUAAAGUCAGAUGGAUUAAUGAAAUAAUGUGCACAUAUACCGCCAGUGAAUCAAUGAUUUCGGAAACAGCGAUAUCAGCCAAUCACAAGCCAUCCUGGGGGAGCCACAGCCCGUCCAUCCAAUUCCAUGUGUUUUGCCCGCUAAUGCUGCUCCCCAUUAGACUCAAAACAAACCUCUUCCACCGUAGACUUCUUCCUUUAGUAUGUACUGAAUCCAGCCGAGUAUCUAUUUGUCUGGAUCUCCUUUAUGUAAACAUGACAUUUGACAGAUGCAGAAACUUGAUGGUUCUUUUAUAUGUACAUACACUUGAUGAAUGUGCUUCCACAGUUUCCAGGCACCAGCACCUACAUAGCCAUAUGCUGACGUCUUUCACUACUGGUCUCCUUUCCAAGAAAGCCUACUGUGAAAUGUGGUGAAGACUGGGGAUAAUACUCAUUGAGAGUUGUGAACCACUAUUCGGAAUGUAUAGCUAACAAAUUGAAAGGAUGUUCUGUGAGUAAAAGUUGUUUUUGAGAUGUAAUGAAUAUUUAUAAAACUUAAACUACCAAAGAAUAAUGAGGACACAAUGUAAUGUUUCUAGGAGAGUUAUGUCACAUGUCUUUGGUGUCCUUUAGAAUUGUUAAUGAAAAUAAAAGAAAGUCAUGAAGGGUGAUGUGCCCAAUAAUUCAGAUGGCAAGGACCUUUUAGCAAAUGAAGGGUCUUUUGAUAAAAUACCUGAUGUUUUUAAUGAAGAUGUUUAUAGUUCAAUUGAGAAUUUGUGUAUAGGAUGCCUUGGAAACCACUUAGAGCCAUCUGACUCUCUGAGUAGUUGCAUUUACUUGGUGUGCAAUAAUGCUUCUGAUGAAAGGAAUACCUUGUAUUCUAAAAAUUUGACAAAGACAGAUGGAAUACAACAGUUACAAGGCAGCAUUAUUAGUAUUGAUAAGAAUAAGUCCGCAGAACCAAGUAAGGGAAAAAUUAAAAACAAAGUGAAGUGGCUACCAUAUGGCAAGGUUACAGCAAGAAAAUCUACUAAGAUACACAAGGAAAAAGUUGAAAGCAAAGGUAAAGGGUUACGAAGUCUUGAGGCUGUUAAAAAAUCUAGCAAGACUGCAGGAAAAUAUGCAGGAUGGUCAAAAGCUGUAAAUGGUAAAAGUCACGAAGUAAAGACUCCCCCAUGCACGAAGGUUGUAAGAAAAUCUAGAAGAUUUUCAGGGAGCAGUUCACCAGUAUGGAGUAGUAAUGAGCUAAAUGCUAGCACUCCAGUCAAAAGAAGGCAUGAAGGUAGUCUGGCAGAAAAUGGGGGAUGUAUUUCUGUCCCACAUAGUUCACCAGGGAGAGUGUCUCCAAACUUGGAAAUAUUUGAAAAGCAAGGUAGUAAGGUUUCUAGAAAAACCUUAAUACCAUGUGUUGACUUAAACUCUAGUGGCUGGAUCACUUCAGUCAACUACUCAAAUGCAUAUAAGGAUGGAAGGAAUGAUCAGAAGAUUAGCAUCAUUUCAUCAGAGGAAACUAUAGAAAAUGCUGCAUCGGUGAAAGAAGUUGAGCCAGCUACAUCGAUAAAAUAUUCAAAACCUUAUGAUAGUGGAAGAAAAAGACCUGUAGAUGGUACUACACAUAAUUUUAGUAGUUUGUCAAAGGAAUAUGAAACAAAGGAUUCGCUGUCAAAGGAAUAUGAAACAAAGGAUUCGCAUCAGUCUGAACCCCCUAGCGGUGUUAUUCAAUUUUCUGCAGCUGGCUUUAUGGAGAGGUCUAGGGCAUCAGAAAAUAUAUUUCAUGAUAUCACAUUAUCAGAAGAGACUGUAGACAAGAACUUAACAGAACCCUUUACCGUGAAUAGACAUUUAAAAGGAGCAUGUGUAUCAGGUCAAAGAAAUGUGGUAAAUUAUAAGGCUUUGGUAAACUCUGUUGAAGACCCUGUAGAAAAUCAUUGUAGUAAAGUUACUGCAUUGAAUAGAGUCAGUAUCUGCAGUAAAACUUUUUCCCGAGUUGAUACACCAGGUGUAUCAACUGCUGCCAGGGGAAUAGAGCGUACCCAAGAUAAAUACCCCAUGCUAGAUUCUUACAAGGGAAAUAACAUUGAUAAGGAAACUUCCUUUAUAAUAAGCCAUAAUUGCCCAUCAAACUUAGCUGCAGAAUUUCCUGAAAAUCCAGACAUUGAAAGUUUAUCAUCAAAGGGAAUUUGCAGUUGCUCCAUGACAUCAUCUUGUAAAUCACUUGAAAAUGUUUUAACCCCUGUUUCGUGGCUUCAUACCAUGUCUAAGAGAGCUACAGAGUUCUAUGCUUCUAAGUUAGAAAAUUUACCAGGACAUACAAUUGGGAAAAAUGAAAAGGAGAAAUCUGAACUAAUCAACGCAAAAAGUAAUGAUUUGGCCUUUGGUGAGAAAGGGAAGAUCUUUGAUUCAAUUUUAAUAGGCCAGCAACCAGUUACCUGCCCUGAGUCUACAUCUCCAGAAUUUGUGAAUGUGAUGGAUGAAUGUGGUAGUAUGCACUUAGAUAAUGACUUGAGUACUGUGACUGCAUUUCAGUUGAGUGAUUAUUGUUUAAAUGAUGGUGAUAACGAAUAUGGUAAAAUUAACAGUAGCUCUGCUAUGAAUGUAGUUUCAGGGAAGUAUAAGCAGAAUAAAUUCAAAACAAACAAUUUUCCUUUACUACAAGAUGCAGUUUCAAGUGCAAAUUUUCCAGUUAUAAGUGAAAAGGAAGACUCUGAAGUGAUCAGUGUUAAAGGUAAUAAUUUUGACAUAAAUGAAAAAGAGAUCUCUGGUUCACUUUUGAUCAGCCAACAACCACGUUCUUUUAAAGAGUCUAUGGACUUGAUGGAUGAAUGUAGGAGUAUCCAUACAGAUAUUGACUCCAGUACUUUGACUGUAUGUGAUGAAUUUAAUGUUCAUUAUGGAACUGAUGAUGAUUAUGGAUAUGGUAAUAACAGUAGUUCUGAUAUGAGUAUGGUGUCAGUGAACUAUAAACAGAAUGAAGGCAAAACUGACAAUUUUCCUUUACAAGAUACAGUUCCAAGUGCAAAUUUUCCAGUUAUAAGUGAUAAGGAAGAAUCUGAAGUGAUCAGUGUUAAAGGUAAUAAUUUUGUCAUAGGUGAGAAAGAGAUCUCUGGUUCACUUCUGAUCAGCCAACAACCACAUUCUUCUAAAGAGUCUGUGGACUUGAUGGAUGAAUGUGGGAGUGUCCAUACAGAUAGUGUUUGCAGUACUUUGACUGCAUGUAACGAAUUCAGUCAUUAUGGAACUGAUGACAAUAAUGAAUGUGGUAAAAUUAGCAGUAGCUCUGCUAUGAAUGUGGUGUCAGUGAACUGCAAACAGAACGAACCCAAAACGAACCAUGGUGUAACUUGGUCUUCUUAUGGUACUGACCAUGCUGGUGUUUCUAUGGGAAAAAAUAAUAGUGUAAAAUUGAGUAAGGGGGCUUGGGCUCCUUUGAGAAAUGAGAAUUCCUCAAGAGGUUGUAAGGGAGCAGUUUCAAGCAGAAUCCGAAGGGGUCCUUGUAUAUACCGGAUGUUUGAAUAUCCACCUGAUCAAAAGAUCUUGUUUAAUGCCAUUGGUUUAUGUUGCAAUGUUGAACAGUUGGUUAUUAACAGAUUUCAGCACAAUCAAGACUUCCUCAGGAUACUUGGAAGGGGCUCUCCUGAUCUUGGUGAGACUUUGGAUCAUCAAAAGCAUUACCCUUGGAGAAUACUCUCUUAUCAUGCAAUCAAAUCUAGAUCUCGUGGCAUAAUUGAAGACAGCAGUACUUUGAAAACAACACUGUCCCCAUAUAAAUUGAAAGAGGUGUCGGUUAGAUUAGUGGACAUUGCAAAGUCCAUUCCACAAUUAUUGAGUAAAAAAGCCUCUAUUCGUGUAAAAUUUAGGAAAAAACAAGAAGUUGAUAGAGAAUUUAUUCCUAAUCUAAAUUCUCCUGUUGUUUUUCAUGGUGACCACCUGUAUUGUAAACAGUCUGACAUUGAUAUGAAUACUAAAAAGUUACAAUUAUUGGAUACUUCAGGAAGAAAGAUAAUGGUAAGCAUAAUAAAGACUUCAAAAAUUAAUACUCAUGAGAAUAAAAAAGAAGGGACCCAUGUAACUGGUGUUGGAAGUACUCUGCCACAUUUAAAUAAGGACUGUUUUUCAAAAAUGAGUAAUAGUAUCAAUCCUGAGAGGGAGAAGAGUUCCUGUCAAAUCAUUGAUGAAAAUAAUCAGACAAACAGAAAGUGUAUGUCUUCAAAGGGUAGUCAGCCAACUACAUCUGUUAUACACAAAAUAUCUGUUACCACCAACAAGGAUUUGAAUAAAAGGUUUGAAAGUACCUUUCUUCAUAAUUAUAGUAGUUAUGGUAGAAAUUUACGGAAAAUGAAUGAAAUACCUUAUCGUUCUCAGAGACCAAAAUUACCCAGUGAUCAGACACAUAGAGUUGUCCAUCAUGUAGAUACUACGUUGGAUGGAAUUACACAGAAUAGAAAAGGUGUAAUGAUGAUAAAUAAAGAGAAUGAGAACACUUUGCCAAACACACACAGGUCAAAUAUGAAUAUAUCAAUGAAUACUGAUACUUGGAACAAAAAUUGCACGACAAUUAGAAGUGAUCUGAAGGAUAACAGUUUGUUAGAGAAAUAUCCUGAGGAAAAUAGCCCAGAUAAAGAUUCCCAAGAAGAGAAUAGUACAGGGAACAGGAAAUCUAGAGAAUUUCAAAGUGAGAAUAGUAUGGGGGGAAGACAAUCAUGGAAAGAGAACAUUGUCAAGGUAAGAGAUUCUCAAGAAGAGAAUUUCCUGAUACCGCGAGAUUCUCAGGAGAAUAUGGAUGAAAUUUAUUCCAACGAAAAAAAUUGGGUGCUGAAUGAAUCGUUUGAUGAAAAUUGUAUGGUUGAAAAAGACUUUCAGGAUGGGAAUGGGAUGAUAGAAAGAGAGGUACAUCAAGGUAAAAGUGCGGUAGGAAGUAAUUCCUGUGAAAACAAUGUGCAGAAAGAUAUAGUUGAAAAAGGUUCUCAGGAUGAUAAACUUCCGUUAAAGAGAGGUUCUCAGAAUAAUAGUUUUGCAGGAGACUGUCACUUGAAAAUGCCACCAGAAUUCUUGAUUAUGAGAGGGAAAAAAGCGAGUCCUCUAAAGCAUAGCAGUAAACUACAAGAAAAUGAUCCUGCUUCUAAAUGUUGUUUGGAAAACAAAAAUAAAAGUAAAGUAGGAGCUCGUGGUGAUAUUUUUUGUUUAAAUGCAAGUUCUCAUACAAAAUCGGUUCCUAUUAGUUCUCAUAUUGUUAACUUUUGUUCUAAACCUCAAGCAAUUGGUACUUGUUCUGAACUUGAGAUUUUUAGCAUUUGUUCUGAGCCUCAAGUUGUUGGUACUCAUUCUGAACCCCAAAUUAUUGGUACUCAUUCUGAACCCUCAAAUUGUUGGUACUCAUUCUGAACCUCAAAUUGUUGGUACUCAUUCUGAACCUCAAA